GGUGGCAGUGGCAGUUCGUGUGUGGGGUGUGUGUGUGUGUGUGUGUGUAGCGUUAGUGUCUGUGGUGUGCUGGAUUUUUGCUCCGGUGCGGCGGCGGCGGCGAGGGGUGGUCGGUUGGUUGGUGGGGAGGGUGUCUCUAUAUAGGUAGAGGAUGAGGUGGCGGCGGGUCGGGGAGUUUGUGGCCGUGGUGGUGGUGGUGACGGCGUUGGUGGAUGCGGUGGCGGCGGCGGCGGCGAGGCAUGACUACGAGGAGGCGCUGCGGAAGAGCCUGCUCUACUUCGAGGCGCAGCGGUCGGGGCGGCUCCCGCACGGCCAGCGCGUGGCGUGGCGCGACCACUCCGGGCUCACCGACGGCCUCGAGCAAGGGGUGGACCUGGUGGGCGGCUACUACGACGCCGGCGACCACGUCAAGUUCGGCCUCCCCAUGGCCUUCACCGUCACCAUGCUCUCCUGGAGCCUCCUCGAGUACGGCGCCGACGUCGCCGCCGCCGGCGAGCUCCCCCACGCCCUCGAGGCCAUCAAGUGGGGCACCGACUACUUCAUCAAAGCCCACACCAAGCCCCACGAGCUCUGGGCCGAGGUGGGCGACGGCGACACCGACCACUACUGCUGGCAGCGGCCGGAGGACAUGACGACGUCGCGGCAGGCCUACAAGGUGGACCGCGACCGCCCCGGCUCCGACGUCGCCGGUGAGACCGCCGCCGCCAUGGCCGCCGCCUCCAUCGUCUUCCGCGACUCCAACCCGCACUACGCCCACCUCCUCCUCCACCACGCCCAGCAGUUGUUCGAGUUCGCGGACACGUACAGGGGCAAGUACGACAGCAGCAUCGCGGAGGUGAAGAGCUACUACGCGUCGGUGAGCGGCUACCACGACGAGCUCCUCUGGGCCGCCCUGUGGCUGCACCGCGCCACCGGCCGCGCCGCCUACCUCGACUACGUCGUCGACAACGCCGGCGAGUUCGGCGGCACCGGCUGGGCCAUCACCGAGUUCAGCUGGGACGUCAAGUACGCCGGCGUCCAGAUCCUCGCCGCCAGGCUGCUGAUGAGAGGGGAGCACGAGGAGAGGCACAGGGAGACGCUGGAGAGGUACAGGGAGAAGGCGGAGCACUACGUGUGCGCGUGCAUGGGGCGGAACGCGGCCGGCGGCGCGGACGCCAACGUGGAGCGGAGCCCCGGCGGGAUGCUGUACGUGAGGCAGUGGAACAACAUGCAGUACGUCACCAACGCCGCGUUCCUCCUGUCCGCCUACUCCGACUACCUCGCCGGCGUGGGAGGCGUCGCGUCGUGCGCGGGCGGAGGGGGCGCGGACGCCGGCGAGGUGUUCGCGCUGGCGAGGUCGCAGGUGGACUACGUGCUGGGCAGCAACCCGCGCGGGAUCAGCUACCUCGUCGGCUACGGCGAGAGGUUCCCGGCGAGGGUGCACCACCGCGCGGCCUCCAUCGUGCCGUACAAGGACAGCAAGGAGUUCAUCGGCUGCGCGCAGGGGUUCGACGACUGGUUCGGCCGGAGGGGUGCCAACCCCAACGUCGUCGUCGGCGCCAUCGUCGGCGGGCCCGACCGCCGCGACAGGUUCCGCGACGACCGCGAGAACUACAUGCAGACGGAGGCGUGCACGUACAACACGGCGCCCAUGGUCGGCAUGUUCGCCAUGCUCAACCGCCUGUCCCGGCACGAGUCGCCGUCGACGGCGAACAGCCCGGAGAUGGGCCUAAGUGUAAAUAGAUAGUCACACGAGGGGGGUGUCUGUACAAUUUUGCCCCUAUUCUUUUGUUCAUUCUUUGUAGAUGUGAGGGGCUCUCCCUUCACAGCAAAAAUUAUUAUUUGUAUACGAGGGAGAAAAAAAACAAUGGAGGUGGCAUUUGGCAAGCCAAUGCAAAUCCCCUCCCCGUAAAUAUCAAAGAAAAUAAUAAUUAAUUAAUUAUAUGUCAAUUAGUUUGACCA